CCCAGUCUCCUUAGCCGCCAACCCCACCUCUCCGCCGCCAAGGCGCCACCGCCAGCAGCUCGACCAGCACAAGAAAAGACACGUCGCCGACUAGUCCCGCCGUCGAGCGUCAAAAGGACAGUGGGGCAUAGUAAGUAUACUUGAUAAACAUUGCUAAUUUCCGACUUUAUCUGUUGCUCAAGCAAAACCAGCCGGCGAGUGCCCAACGCCCCAGCGGCAGUCCGUUUCACUUCCGUUCGAUGGCGGCCCAGUAAGCUGCACGGAUUGAUGUUGUAGUACCAUCUGUAAUGAAUCGCCUUGUUGCAAAUAGACUGGGCAAUGGUCUUUCAGGCAACCACAUGCAGCACAAACACUUCACAGCCAAGUUGGUUUCACUGAUAUGCAAAAGGGUAGAGGAUUACAGAACCAUGAGUGCCUUCACUACAUUAUCUAGUUUCUCCGCACUCUGUAACUCCUGUCAGAUUAGGUGUGCACUAAGACAAGAGAUAAGACCCUUCUCAAGUGCUAUCCCACAGACGUUUGAGGAACACUGCACUGCAUGGCGAGCUGCAACUGAAGCAAUCAAACAAGAUAGAAAAUGCAAUGGAAGUUACUUGAGUGUUGCCCAUUUUAAGGUUAUUCCAGAUAUACACUUAGCCAAAUACAAUAACAUCGAGAUUAGCGACAUCUAUCAAACACCUCCUGAUAAUGUACAAUUUAGAAACUGUUUUGCACAACCAUCAGUGUGCAAUGAACAGAGGUCAAUCCAUAAUGGGGGAGGUUCAACACAAUCUCCAUUCCUACUGCCAAAUGUUAUUCAACCUAUUGAGUUGGCCACCAAAAUCAAAGAAAAUAAAUUGGAGAAAGAUUUCAAGCAAGAUGAAGACGUUCCAACUGUUCCAACUCCGGGUACGGAAAGCAACUAUGCUGUUUUGGGUGGACCUAACCAGAUUCAGUCUGUGAACAGUACUGCUACAGAAAAGGGCACUGCCAAGGGCAACCUUCGUGAGAGGCAACCUAUUGAGUUGUUGGAGACCAAAAUUGAAGAUAAUAAGUUGGAGAAAACUUUUAUGCAAGGGGAAGGCAUUCCAACUCCGGGUACAAAAAGCAACUAUGCUGUUUUGGGUGGACUUAGACAGGUUCAGCCUGCAAACAGUACUGCCAAAGAAAAGAGCACUGCCAAGGCCAACCUUCGUGAGAGGCUGGAGUCCAUCUAUGAGAAAGUUCUCAUAGUCAACAAUAUCUCACUGGCCAAGGAAGUUGUUUGUAAGCUUACAAAUGAGUACAGGGAUUUAGUCCACGCUUGUGAUACAGAGGUAGCCAGGAUUGAUGUCAAGCAUGAGACACCAGUUGGCCAUGGAGAAAUCAUAUGCUUCAGUAUUUACUCUGGACCACACGCUGAAUUUGGAGAUGGGAAAUCUUGUGUCUGGAUUGAUGUCCUUGAUGGUGGCGGGAAGGAUAUUUUAGUAGAAUUUGCCCCAUUUUUUGAAGACCCGUCUAUUAAAAAGGUAUGGCACAACUAUAGCUUUGAUUGCCACAUCAUAGAGAACUAUGGACUCAAAAUGGCUGGGUUUCACGCUGAUACAAUGCACAUGGCUCGAUUAUGGGAUUCCUCAAGACUAACAGAGGGAGGUUAUUCUCUCGAGGCACUUACAGGUGAUACCUCUGUUAUGUGUGAUGCAAGCGUGGCCCCUGGUGAAGAGCUGUUCGGUAAAGUGUCAAUGAAAACUAUUUUUGGCAGGAAAAAACUGAAGAAAGAUGGAACCGAGGGUAAGGUUGACGUCAUUCCAUCUGUAGAAGACUUGCAAAGAGAGGAUCGCAAAUUAUGGAUUUGUUACUCUGCCUUAGAUUCCAUAAGCACAUUGAUGCUUUAUGAUAGUUUGAAAACCAAACUCUCUGACCGAAUCUGGAAGUUUGAUGGAGUGUAUGAAGGGAGUAUGCUAAACUUUUAUGAGAGAUACUGGCUUCCAUUUGGUGAGCUUUUAGUUCAGAUGGAAACUGAGGGUGUGCUCGUUGAUCGUGCUUAUCUUGCUAAGUUGGAAAAAGUGGCUCAAGCCGAGGAGGGGAUUGCUUCUAACAGAUUUCGCAAUUGGGCAUCUAAGUAUUGCCCUGAUGCAAAAUACAUGAACGUGGGAAGUGAUGCACAGUUGCGUCAGCUCUUUUUUGGUGGCGCUGUGAACAAAAAGGACUCUAAUGAGAUUAUUGCCGAUACGAGAGAUUUCAAAGUUCUCAACACAGAGGAUAUAAUUGAAGAAGAAAAGAAGGCUCCACCAAAAAUUCGUAAGAUCACACUUCAUAAGAUUGGUGAUCGCAUUGAGACUGAUCUAUACACUCCUAGUGGUUGGCCAUCAGUUAGUGGAGAUGCUUUAAAGGCUCUUGCUGGUAAAGUUUCCGCUGAUUUUCAAAUCACGAAUGAAGCAGAUGACAAUAAGGAAGAAGCGUCUGUUUCAAAUAACAAUGAGCCAGAAGUUUCUGGGUAUGGAACAGCUUGUAAGGCUUUUGGAGGUGGACAAGCUGGGAUAGAGGCAUGCCAUGCCAUUGCCUCUUUAUGCAAACUUUGCUCCAUCAACUCUUUGAUUUCAAAUUUCAUCAUCCCAUUGCAGGGCGGGGCAAUAUCAGGAAAGAAUGGGCGCAUCCAUUGUUCGCUGAACAUAAAUACUGAGACUGGGCGCUUGUCAGCGAGGAGGCCAAAUUUGCAGAACCAGCCUGCUUUGGAAAAAGACAGGUAUAAAAUUCGUCAGGCGUUCAUAGCUUCACCUGGGAAUUCCUUAAUUGUUGCUGACUAUGGGCAGUUGGAACUCAGGAUUCUUGCACAUCUUGCAAAUUGUAAGAGCAUGUUAGCUGCCUUUGAAGCUGGUGGAGACUUCCAUUCGAGGACUGCUUUAAACAUGUAUCCACACAUACGAGAAGCAGUUGAACAAAAACACGUUCUCCUUGAGUGGCACCCUCAGCCUGGUGAAGAUAAGCCACCAGUUCCAUUACUAAAGGAUGCAUUUGCUUCUGAGAGAAGGAAAGCAAAGAUGCUUAAUUUUUCCAUUGCUUAUGGAAAAACUGCAGUGGGGCUUGCUCGCGAUUGGAAGGUUUCUGUGAAGGAAGCCAAAGAAACAGUAGACAGGUGGUAUAGUGACAGGAAGGAGGUUUUAACAUGGCAAGAAGAACGCAAAUCUGAAGCGCAUCAGCUUAGAUGUGUUCACACAUUGUUAGGUCGGGCCCGCUGGUUCCCUUCACUCAAAUCAGCAAGCAACUAUUUCAGAGGCCACAUUGAACGAGCUGCCAUCAAUACCCCUGUCCAGGGAAGUGCUGCAGAUGUUGCAAUGUGUGCCAUGCUAGAAAUAUCAAAGAACCAACGGCUUAAGGAGCUUGGAUGGAAAUUGCUUCUGCAGAUUCACGACGAAGUAAUUCUUGAAGGACCGGCAGAAUCAGCAGAGGAAGCAAAGGGUAUUGUGGUAGAGUGCAUGUCAAAACCGUUUGAUGGGAAGAAUAUUCUUAGAGUUGGCCUCUCCGUUGAUGCCAAAUGUGCUCAAAACUGGUAUUCUGCCAAAUAGGAAUGGGAAAAUAUCAGCCAUAUUUUGUCCACGGGCCACCACUACGUCUGUGGGUUCAAAUGCCACUGCCAGGCCGAAGAUAGACAUCAGAGUUCCCUAACACCAUGUUUAGUUCUAGUGGUUAGAAGGGAAAGGGAAAUUAAAGAAACUACUUAUCUGAGUCUUGUUUGGUUAGCAGAGAAAUUGAUGAGGAAAUUGAUUUUUGUUAGCAUCUAUGUUGGUUGUAAAGAAUGGGAAGACAUUGUAGUGUAGCACAUUGGGUAUCAUA